UACCAGUAUAAUCAUAAAACUUUACCUUCCCAAAAUGUCCACUCCCUCCUCAACCACCGUAAACCUCGACACUGAAAUAGCUUUGUUCUAUACGAAACUGAACACGAUUAAUAAGGAGUUAGUGUACUUGCAAGUGACAAUGGGGAUUUGCAUAUUUUUAGCCCUUCUGGUAGGAGUAGCAGGGUGUUUUUGAUUGAUGAAGUGACGUUACAGAAGGUUGGCACGGCAGAUUGAAGAGCUGAAAAGGAAAUUGAAAGAGAAGCAAGAAGAUGAAGAGUAAGAUAGGAUUGUUGAGGUAGUUAUAGGACAAAGAAGACUGAGGAGCAAACUAGGAGGAAUUUAGAUAAAAGCGGUUACCUAGGCACAAGCACAGAUAGAGUUUAUGCUACAAACAAUCAAGCAGACAUUUCAAGUAUUGAACUCGAAAUAAGCCAGCAAGACUCUCCUUCAUCUCCUUCAUCUCCCCCAGAUAACCCCAAAAAAUCAAAAACCAGUCCCAAACCCUCACCUCCAAAACACCACCUCCCUAGCUCCAAAAACCUCUUAAAAUCCCUCAAAACUUCCUCCUA